AUGCAAUUUCUGCGGCUUCCACCCCACAAGAUUUUGAUGCCAUUGCUGAUGACAGAACAGAUGCUGACUCAGGCCUUAUCACCACAGACACCCAGUGAGCUCAGAUUUGCAGUGGAACGGGCACUGAUUUACAGGGACUUGGAAUCUCUCUUGGCUCAACGUCCCUUGAUGCAGACAAUGGCUGGUCAAUGCCUACUUUGUGGACAACUCCAUCAAGCCCAUGAUCUUGGACUCCAUCUGCGCGAGGCGCAUGACUGCAGCUCCACUUUGGUUGCCUUUUAUGUUCAACAACUGAUCCCGCUGAUGCUUUUGCAGAAUCCUUUUGAUCAUAUGUGCCAUCUUUGUGACAUGAUCUUCAACCUGCCAUUGCACACGCGCACUGUCCAGUCUCAUUGCAACUUGCCCUCGUCCUCUGUCGAGCUCUCAACAAUGGAAGACACCACCAUGACCGAGGGUAUGGAAGCUUCAGCGCAGAUCCUUCAAUCCUUCCAGCAUCUGGCACCUCUCUUAGGAGUCAAGUUGGACAAGGACUUGGAACUGGCACCCAAUCCUGCCCUGAUGAAGCGCCUUCGAAGCGACGCCGGGCCAAAGGGAAGAGGCCGACAUGUGAAACAGGAAGACGAGACGGAAUCCUUCAACCUCCGCGAGACGGUGCUCCUGAUGGCCAAAAUCCUGGUCAGGCACGAUCAACAGAUCGAAGCGGUGAGACGAGAAGACACAUUCAUUUUCUUCUUCAACAAUCAGGCGCCUACAGGAUCCCUGAAGUGCUUGAUUGCGGCGGCGGAGACGUGGCACUCCCAGAGCCAGAACCGGUUGACACCAUGGCAACCCUUACGCCAACGGCUGCUCCAAGUGCUCCUGAAGGAUCUCCAUGCCAGACUGACACAACUGGGCGAGGCCAAGCAGGACUCACCGCUGGUCCAGGCGGCAAUGAUGAAUCAGGUGCUCCUGCCAGACCAGAACUGCCCGUACCUGGAAUGGGACAAGGCUCAACGCAAACUGGUGGUCUCCAACCGACCCCCCAUCUCCUUGAAAAAGAUGGUCCAGAACAUCCAGGAGUUACAGGAGAUGUGCACGGAGCCGAGCCUGAUCCAGGCCUUUCAUGCUCUGCCACCAUCCGGAGAGACCACUCCGUGGCGCCUCCAACUGAGCCUGAGGGCAGAUCGGGAGUACUGGUUGAUGAAAGCGCUCUGCGGCUCCAGCAUUUGGGUCCUCAUGGCAGCCAGUCUCAAGGCUCACAGCCUACACCAAUCAGGACUGGCAAACCAGCUGAGCAAGAAUCUCAAUCUGAGAUCAACCAAGGGCAAGAGCAAGGGCAAGACCCCUCCUGCGGCACCGACCAAUUGUCGUAUAUCUCAGCAAGAUGCUGCUGAGUUCAUUGGUACCUGGCUGGAAGUCAUGAAAAGUCCUGCUUUUGACCUGCGAUGGGAACGACGCAUUGAAGCAGAGGGAGUGGACUGUUUGCUCCCCAUCUUUAUGAAUGACACAUUGGACAGUGGCCUGCUUGAGUACACCAUUGUUGCCAUUCAGGCCGCGUUUCACCUUAGGAUCAAAAAAAAUCAAGAGGGCCUAGGUUUUGACCGCUUCAUGCACCCUGCUCCCACAGCAGGCUUAUCCCCCUGCUGCAUCGGUAACCCCGUUGCCCCCACCCCAGCCACGAGCUUCCUGCUCUUAGGCACAUUGGCCACGACAGACAUCCUUGCAGGCCUCUACAAGCGAUACAACGCAUUGGCUGACUUGGUGGGGACACGUCCAUUGAUCUUCUUGGCUGUUAUCAAUUUGCGGAUGCCCACAGCAAUCAACGCCUUCAACAGCGCCAGGUUUACAGUCGACAUGCAAGCUCCGGACACUGCACCUUUCAGCAGCGACAACAAUGCCGGCAGGAGUUCCGUUUUCCAAAGAGGAUCUCAUCCUGGAAUUGCUUCGGACGCCAGUGACAAAGUCAGUAGCACGGCCGUGCUUGCCAGGCCUUUGCUGGAAGUCAACCCUCUUUUGUGUCCCUGGCCCCAACUGGCCUUUUUGCCACAGAGUACCCUUGACAUCAAUCAGGAUUUGGUAGCAUUGCUGGCCAUUUGGCAUUCCAAUACCAGCUACAUCAUCACACAGGGAAACACCUCAUCCUCAGAGGGCACUGGUCGUGGGGUCAGACAGGGCUGCCGUGCUGCCCCUGUUCUCUGGUCAUGUUACACCCUUGACCUCUUCUACCGUCUUUCCCAUCAACUGGGAACUGAAUGGAUCAAAAAGAACCUGACGGCAUUCGCUGAUGACCUGCACUCCAGUGAUUGUUUUCUGAAUGAACAUGAACUCAACAUGGCACUUUGGCGCAUUGGAAUCUUGCUUGACACUUUGGAAGACAUGGGCCUGAUCCUGUCCUUAGAAAAGCAUCAAACCAACGCACAUGGACUGAAGCAAUUGCGUACCUUCACAGCCACAGCAGCAUUGACGCCUUGUGGACCUGACGCUCUUGCGUCCCAGAGGAUGACACAGAUGCAGGCACUUCCUAUACUCAUCCUGGGGAACAUGCUCUGCGCUGCGAUGUAUGUGGACGUGCCCAUCAAGAUGUGCAGGCAUUAUCCGCACACCUGUACACUGAGCAUCGUCUUGAACCACAGGAUCACGGACAGUUUGCUUCAACGAAACUUCACGGAACUCUGGACUGAUCCUUUGUUGCUGGAGUUUUUUCGUACCACAUGCAUUCAAUGUGGACUGACGAUGCAUCCUGCUGAACUUCGAGACCAUAUUUUCAGUGUGCACUCCUCAGCCUCCAUCAUGUAUGACAAGCUGCUGCCUCAAUCACCCAUCUGUUGCUCUGUGAUUAUGGAAACGGCACCGGAGCUCAGCAAAGAGGAUGCGGAGAUGCUCGACAUCUUCAAACACCUCGGUCCCCUUCUAUCCCUCGAGAAGUACGCCAGACCAGAAGGCGGAAGAGAAACCAAGAAGGCCAAACGCGAGGAGGCAAAAAAGGAAGGGGCAACAGAGGUGAUGUCUCUGCUGACGGCAAUGGGCAACCUUCUGCUUCGCAUAGACUCCGACCAACAGGCGCUGAAGCGACAAGACUCCUGGAUAUGCUUCAUGCAAACAGCGUCUCAAGCAAUCCUGCCGUCGUUGGUGCAGAAAGCGACAGAAUGGAAAACCCAGCAGAAAGACCAAGCACAGACCGAGAGCUACUUGCCUCUGAGGUGCUGCCUGGCCCAACAUCUGGCCGACACGAUGCUGCAUCGCCUGACCAGACUGGCCCAAUGUGCGGAGACGGACCAACUGAUGAUCCUGGCCAAACAACAAGGUGUGCUGACUCAGGACAACCAGUUCCCAUUUCAGCGCUGGAAUCCUCAUGCCCAGGGCCUUCGGCAAACGGGCCAACAGCCGAUCAGCUUGAAACGCAUGAUCAAGUAUGCCGAACAACUGGUGGAGAUCCUGAAGGAUUCCUCGACCACAAUCAGAUUCCAUUCGAUGAAAGCGGCAGAUGCCGAACCAGUUGUGCCCUGGCUCUGGCAGAUAUCGCUGCGUGCCGACGAUCUCCAAGUUCUGUUGACAACGCUUCAGGGAUCGACAAUGUGGUCUCUCCUGGGCAUGUCGAUGAAAGCCCAUGCACAGGGACAAAGCAAGCCGGCGAUGGCUCUUCGAGAGCUCAUGGGGAAGGGGGUUGGCAAGUCGAAGUCCAAAGGCAUUGACAUGCGUUGGGAGAAAAGAAUCCAAAUUGGUGUCAUGACUGAAGCAGUUGAUUCCAGCGAUUCAUUUACACCACUGAUUUUGCAAUUUGACCCUGUCCUGCUCCAAGAUGACUCAACCACACUGCGCCAACUCAUUCGAGACUGGUCCAGCCAGGAUGGCAUGAUCCGUGCAUUGCUGCAACCAUCCCCCUUGAUCUAUGUUCAAGUGGACCGCCAUGUACGCUCAGGUGCUGGGCAGAUCACGAAGUGCGAUAUCCCAGUGAAUUUUCAUUGGGGCAUUGAGAUCCCCGUCUACACCAGCACAGAUCUCACGAUCACAUGGAACACAUACAAGGUUGUGGCAGCAAUUGCACACUUAGGUGCUGACAACUCGGGUCACUGCAGAGCGUUGCUCAAAGUUCAGAUGAAUGCCCAGGCCAGACCACCUCAUAUGUUUCUUCUCACGGAUGAUUGGGUCGAGGCAGUACCAGUGUGGAAAGAGCCAACCUGGUUCGCAAGGAAUGCCACCUGUUUCUGGCUCUGCGACAUGGACCAUUUGCAGCCAUUUGUGAUGCCUGACACAACCAUUGCCCAGGUACCCCGACCGCCAGAACCGGCGCCACGUGUGGGUGCUGCUGAAUUGCUCAACUUUUUUGUUGCGGGAACUGAGGAACAUGCUGACCUGAUUCGGUCUGCGCCAAAUGCACCCAGCCUUGAUGGCUGGUUUAUCCCCGCCCAAUGCUUGCCUUUGCCACCACUGGCAAAAUUUUGUCUGCAGAUGCCAUCUGAGCUUUUGUGCUGCGGCAUGCUCGGCAUUCUCACCCAGCCUCUCCACGUGAGAGCCAACACUUCCUGUGUUGCAGUGAGCGCUGACUUUUCCACAGAAAAGGAACCUUAUCUGAAGAAUUGCAGAUCUGGUCCCAAAUCCAGAUACAGCUCUGCAAAGCUGAGAGGGUGGCGCUGGCUGCUCUUCUUUCUCUUCUUCACCAUCAACAUGCAGAGCUGCUGGGGCGAGGGUUGUAACCCAGCCACGGGGGUUACUGAAGUUCCAACCGACGUCUUUGAUCCUGAUCGAUUUGGAACGAAGCAACGUGGCAAGCAGCCUCCAGUGUGCGACCGCACAACCAGUAGGCCUGAGACAGUUGGGAAAACACACACCUGGGUUGAGAAACGCAGCUUGCAAAGAGCACAUCGAAGAGCUUGUCUUACAGGCUCUGCGUGGUAUCGAGGAAGACACUACAACCAAUCGGAUUUUGAACGCAUGGGUUGUCCACCAAUUUCACUUCCUGCUGCAGCUGAUCUUACACAAAAUCAGAAACAAGAUUGGCAACAGUGCAAUCGACGCCAUAUGACAAAAGGACGUCUUCAUUUCUGGCAGUGGAACAGCGGUGGAUUAUCAACUGCUACCAUGGAUGAGGUGAAAGCAUGGCUGGUUCUCAAUUGCGUGGAUGUGGGGGUGAUCCUUGAGACCCGCCUCACCUUUGAUGGACAAUGGUCUGAUCAACACUGGAACAUCCUGCAUUCAGGUGUCUCCGGCACCACCAAAUUUGCCUGGCAGGGCAAGGAAUGCACGGGCCCUAUGCACAGCGAUCACUCACGCUUUCUGAGCAUCCUGCGCGGCAAUGCAUUGGUCACCUUGAACACAUGGUCAUCCACUUUAGGAGUGCCUUUCUCAGUUCAACAGCUGGAGAAAGCGCUGUCUCUGAUACCAGGAUGCAAGGCUGCGCCGGGACUUUGGUCCCUUUUCACCCUGCUCUUUUUGCAUGACCUUCUGAAUUUUGUGACAUUGGAGUGGAUCCAGAGCCACCUGACGCUUUACGCCGACGACCUUCACAUUGGUGCCAUGUAUCAAAGUUUGGAAGAGUUUACAGAUGUUUUGAGGGUUAUGGGCAUCCUAUUUUCUACACUGGCUUCCAUGGACAUGACCAUCAAUCCAAACAAAUCAGUGGCCAUUUUGGAAAUGCGUGGCACACAAUGCAAACAAGUCCGACCUGGCUUUGUGCGGCGUGACUCCUGUGGCGAGAGCUUGAAAAUUCUGGUGCCUGGCCACGAGACCAUGUACAUCCCGAUUCACAAAUCCACUAAGUAUCUGGGUGUGAUCAUUUCAUAUGGCAAUUUCGAAGACAGCAGCCUUCGACACAGACUCUCCUUGAUGCAUGUGGGUUUUCGCAGACUGCAAAGGUGGCUCACUGGCAAGCAUUGUCUUAGCACUGCACAACGCUACAAAUUAUGGCAGACAUGCGUCUAUCCCAUCUUUUGUUAUGGCCUCCUGGCUACGGGCAUGACCCCUGCAGGGAUUCAAAAGGCUGUGACACAAAUGAUCGUCAUGCUGCGCAGAAUUAUUCAUGACCAUGCUUUUCAAACACACAGAACCAAUCAAUAUGCAUUGGCUCGGUUGAACAUUUCUUCACCGGCGCGCUUGCUGCAUGCCACGACCAUUGGCCUGUUGAGGACCCUGCAACUCAGAUCUACAGUGCUCUUUGAUCAUGACUUGGCUUUGCAACUUGAUUGGACUCAUUUGCCUGGUCUCCUGCAAUAUUUUGAGCGCAUGCAGGCUGCUACAUCUUUGGGGCAGAUGCAGCAUCCCAGUGAUGCGGCAGCACGUGGAUUGAGGCUCAUCACUGCAGCUGAGCUUCACAAUUUGCGCUCCAGACCUUUUGGUGAUCAGAACUUCACCAACAUUUUCGACUGCAGCAUCCAGAGCUGUGGGAAUAUGCUCCACAAAAGGGCAUACAGCUCACAAACCUUUACUGUGAGGAGCGUCAAAGGUGCGAGCUCUGUCUUCAGUGUUUUGCUGAUCCUGCUGGCUUGGUGCAACAUCUCCAAUCUCAACAUGGACUGCAAGGAGGUGGAAGAUUCCUGGGUUCAAGCAUGUUUGGAUGGCAAAUGCUUGGAAGUUUUGCGUCCAGCAGCCACUCGAAUGAGAUUGACUGUGGUGUGCCAGGCCUGUGGUAAAGGCUGCAGUCGGUCAGCCGACCUUGCGCUGAUGAAGCGUGAACCUUUUGCUCCCACGGUGAUCACUGAGAAGGUGCUGCAGGACAUCUUGUCUGAUCAGUUGGGCAGAGCUGACAAAUAUCGUUUGCAACAGGCACUGGUUCAUAGACAAUUUGCGGCUCUUUGGCAGGACCCUGACCUUCUGAGGCUCUUUCGAAGCCAAUGCAUCAGCUGUGGUUCCUGCCCAUUGCCUGCUGAGAUGGCACUUCACUUGCGAGAGGAUUCAGAUCAGACCAUCUCGACACAGAUGAUGGAAACCUUCAAGGAGCUGGCACCACUGCUGGACAAGAGUCUGCAAUUGGCUCCCAAUCCCAGACGGGCCAAGGCACCACGCAAAGGAGGAGCAAACGCCCCAGACGAAGCCGAGAAUCUGCACCAGCAGGAGAAACCCACGGGCAAAGCGAUGCAACUGCUCACCACCAUGGCUCAACUCAUAGUACGACACGAUCAAGAAAUGAACAGUCUGCGUCGAACAGAUCAAUUCAUUCUUUUUUUGAAUCCAGAUCCAACAGGCGCGCUUCAUCUCCUGAUUCAAGAAUCAGCCACGUGGAAGCAGCAGAUGGAGACAAAGCCCAAAACGCUGCUGCAGCCGCUGAGGCAACAUCUGGUGCUGGCCUUGCUGAAGGCCCUCAGCACCAAUGCUGGCAAGAUAGUGGAGAGCAAGGACACGGACCCAUUGUACCAGACCUCUGUGAAGAGGGGGCUGAUUCUGGCAGAUCGGAGCUUCCCGUUCCACCGUUGGGACGGCCAACAGUUAGUGAUAGACAAGAAGCAUCCCAUCAGUGCACAGAAGAUGUUUCAACACCUGACAGAGCUUCAGGAGAUGAUGUUGGACAAGGAGAUGAUCGUCAGAUUUCAUGCACUCCGGGCUCCAACCGACCAGAACACCAAAGCAGUUCCUUGGCGACUUCAGAUCAAUCUCCGAAGCGACAGGGCCUACGACUUGAUGUAUCAACUGUGCCACAACUCCAUUUGGAUGGCUGUUGGCGCAACAAUGAAGCAGCACAGCCUGACCCAAUCUCCGAUGGCAACGACCUUGGCUCAGUGCCUGUUUGGGCUUGUCCUUGGCAACGACAGCAACUGGUGCUAUGCCAAUAGCUGUCUCUAUGGCCUAUUGUGGACGUUGUUGAAUGUUGAUGCCACUGCGCUCUCAUGUUGGGGAUCACAUCAUGCUCUCUUGAUUGAUUUUCUGAAGCGGCAUGCAAACACACCUGCUUUGCUGAAAGAUAUCACCUGGUUCAGAGACAUUUUGUGCAAUUGGGGACCCAGCCAGGGUCAGAAAGACAGUGCUGAGUGUGCACAACAUUUUCUGACUUGGCUUCAAUCGGAAGCAUUUGAUAUGCGCUGGGAAAGACGGCUGGAUACUGAAGCUGGUGUCAUGCUCAUGGAUCACAGUCUUGGUUGCACUCCCAUUCAUUUGACAAUCACUCGGCAGAUGCAUGCAACUGGCACAUGUACACUCAAUGAUCUGAUUUCAACCUGGUCUCAGGAGCAAUCGAUGCGUGCAGCUUUGCUAGCUGCUCCAGCUUGCCUCUGUCUGGCCAUUGACCGGCAUUUCCAGGAUGAGGCUGGCAUCAUUGGACGCAGCAUGUGUUGCAUUGACAUGGAGACUGAGGUCAACAUGCCAGUCUUUUUGAAUCAGAGCUUACAGUAUGAUUACACAGGGUAUAUUCCAGUUGCUGGCACGGCCCACAUGGGCAUGGACUUGGCUGGUCACUGCCGAGCACUUUUGAAAAUUCAACCAACCAUGAUUUCAGACACGCAAGCGGCAGCUUUUCUGGAGACGGAAGAUGGAUUGGCACCGCGGCCAAUCUGGCGCACACCUUCAUGGUUUGCACAGAAUGCCACAGUGGUUUGGAUGGUACGCACUGAUUUCCUGCGCAUGCACGUGUAUGCAACAUUCACUCAGGACAAUCCAAUGACUGAGCCUUCUCAGGAAUCUGCGAUGAUGCCUACGGAAUCACUGGCCAUGAACACUGUGUCCCCAGACUUGGAGCUGCUGCAUCUGAUUCAGGGCCAACAUGGAGCAUUGGAACGAAAUUGA